AUGGCAGCUGUCGUGGAUGCAGCAAUUCAGAAGAGCACUGCUGCCGAAGGCGUUCCAGUGCUUGGGACUCCUUCUCCCGACGAGAUAGAGACCCAACUGUUGGAGACGGCUGUUGCGACCCAAGCUCAAGCCGCAGACCACGCCUUCUGCUGCUACCGCUGCCGCAAGAACCAUCCCAAGACAGAGAUGGUUGUGCGAAGCGCCAACAGAAUCUGCUGCAAGGAUUGCAACGCCACCAUGACGACGUUGAAUCGCAACGGCCUCAAUCCAGACCAGCUUCUGGAGGAGGAGGAGUUGGAAAAGUUCUUCCAGACUGCCAAGGACACCCGCUCCAAGGGAGAGCGCUUGAGUUACCAGAAGACCCGCGGCAUCCUCAAGGAUUGCAUGGUGCUGACGUCCACCAAGAGAUACAAGGAGUCGGAGAGCGGCACGUUCCUGCCACUCACCAUGUACGCAGCCAAAGGUCUCAGUAAGGAUGAGCUUGACAAGAUUGAGGCGACGUGCGAAGCCAAAGACCACCCGGUCUUCGGCAAAACCUACAAGGUCAACUUCGAAAGCCAGACCAAGGAGAAGACGGUGGAGGAGUGUGAAACCAAGCUGUGCAGCUUAGAGACUGCCAUGAAACGCAAGAAGCUGGAAGGAGAAGCACCUCGCAAAGCUCUGGCUGGUGCGGGGGCGGCCCAGCUGGCGUUGUGCGACUUGGCACAGGAGUUCGAGGGGUUGGAGUCCGACGAAGAGGCAGAGACCACCACGAAGGCUGCCAAGCAAAACCCCGACAAGGCAGCGAAGGCCGCAGCGAAGAAAGCAGAACGUGAAAAGCUUCGCCAAGCCAAGAAAGACUUCAAGGUUCUGGUUGCUGCGGUUGGAAAGCUCCUGCCCAACUUGCGAAGCAGCAAAACUCGCCUGGAGAACCUCAUGGAGAAACUCGGCGAGCAAGCUUUGGCUGGCUUGCAGAGCUGCGUUCAGGAGCAGCUCCAGGAGGUCUUGCCGCUCCUUACCAGCUACGAAAAGGACGCCAACGCUCUGCUUGGUGCCGCUGCCCAGGGCGAGAACACCUGGACUGGCCCAGAGCCCUUGUCUUUCCAGACGCCCUUGGACUUGCAGCAGGUCGUGAAGGACGCUGCCUGUGUCGCCAAAAGUUUGCAGGACUUGAAGCGACAGGCCGCCGACGCUAAGGCUGCAGCCCCGAAGAGGGCACGCAAGACCAAGUGA